AUGUCGACCAGCAAUGCUCCCCAGCAACCAGUCAAGCUCUCCCUGCCUCUGGAAUACCAGCAGAACCUCUUCCAGGAGCUCCGGGCCGACGAUGAGCUUGUCGUCAUUGCCCGCGGCCUUGGCCUUUUGCGCCUCGUGACAAACUUGCUUCACUCGUACGAUGCAGCUGGAAACAAUCUCAUCGUGAUUGUGGGCGCCGAGGAACGCGAGAAUGGAUGGGUCGGAGAGGCUUUGGCGGAGCAAGCCGCCAUCAGCGCCGCGCCGAAAGCUCGCGGAUUGACCGUGGUCAACACCGACUUCCAGAGCGUCGGUGCCCGCGAGAAGAUGUAUGCUGGGGGAGGCAUAUUCAGCAUCACCUCGCGCAUCCUGGUCGUUGACAUGCUCACUGGGCUUUUGGACCCAGAGUCAAUAACGGGCCUCAUCGUCCUCCACGCCGACCGGGUCAUCGCCACGUCUCUGGAGGCCUUCAUCCUUCGGAUAUAUCGCCAGAGGAACAAACUGGGGUUCCUGAAAGCCUUUGCCGACAAUCCGGACCCCUUCACUACCGGCUUCUCACCCCUCACGACCAUGAUGCGCAAUCUGUUCCUGAGAAAGGCAUCGCUAUGGCCACGAUUUCACGUCACAGUGGCCCAGUCCCUGGAGGGCAAGAAGAAGGCUGAAGUCAUCGAGCUGGAGGUUCAAAUGACGAAUGCCAUGAGAGACAUACAGAACGCCAUCAUGGAGUGCGUCGAAGUCAGCAUCCACGAGCUGAAAAAGGGCAACUCGGGCCUGGAAAUGGACGAUUGGAACCUCGACAGCGCCCUGCUGAGAAACUUUGAUGUCGUGAUUCGCCGACAGCUGGACCCCAACUGGCACCGAGUAAGCUGGAAGACGCGUCAGAUUGUAAACGACUUGACCGUCUUGCGGGGGCUCUUAACCUCGGUGCUGUCGUACGAUGCGGUUUCCUUUCUCCAGUAUCUGGACACAAUCCACGCCGCUCACUCGCCUCCUCCAGGCUCCACCCGGCAGAACCAGUCCCCUUGGCUUUUUCUUGACGCUGCGCAAACCAUCUUUGACACGGCUCGCAGGAGGGUGUAUUCGGCCAACACUAGAGCGGUGUCGCAGAGUGGCGACAACAUCGACUCGUUACGCCCUGUGCUUGAAGAGCUCCCGAAGUGGACCAUCUUGGCCGAGGUACUAGAGGAGAUUGACCGAGAUCUGUACUUUGAUCCUCGUCCUGUCAGAGACGACUCCAAUGGGACCAUCCUGAUCAUGUGCUCAAACAACGACACUUGUCGACAGCUUCGGGAUUAUUUGCAAACCAUGCAUGUGAAGCCCAAGGCUGCCACUGCCACUGCCACUGCCACUGCCACUGCCACUGCCACUGCCACUGCCACGGUGGCCAGCACCGACGGAGACGGAGAUGGGGAUCAAGCUGAGGAGGCGCACAAACCUUCGGCUGCUUUCAUGAUGAGAAGGAGGCUCCGUAACUACCUGAAAUGGAAAAGACAGUUUGCGCAGGUCAGCGCAACCUUGUUCUCGGAGAACCAAAAGGCGCUCAACAGCGCCGCAGACUCCCGCCCUGGUCACGGCACCACGAGGGGGCCAGCAGGUAAGGCGUGCUCGAACAAGAGAAGGCGGGUUCGGGGCGGAGGCAAUAUGACCGUCUCGGCUGGUCGAACAGAAAGCGGCGUGAUUGCGCAGUAUUUCGAGAAGCCCGCAGACGUGGCCAACCUCAUGGCCGAGGUACAGCUUACCGAGGAAGAAGAGGCGCAGCAAAAGGACGACCUGGUGGCGGAUCCCCUUGACGACAUGGAGGACUUCUUCCAGCUUUACGAAAUGCAGGACCUCGUCGUGGUGCACGUGUACGAAGGCGACCAGGAUGAGCACGUGCUGGAGGAAGUCAAGCCCAGAUACAUCAUCAUGUACGAGCCCGACGCCAGCUUCAUCCGCAGGGUGGAAGUGUACCGGUCGUCGCACAAGGACAGAAACGUGAGGGUCUACUUCAUGUACUACGGCGGAUCGGUGGAAGAACAGCGUUACCUGUCGUCGGUGCGGCGGGAAAAGGACGCCUUCACCAAGCUCAUCAAGGAGCGGGCGAGCAUGUCGCUCGUCAUGACGACGGACCCGCACGGCGCCGAAGACCCCCAGGAAGCCUUUCUGCGCACCGUCAACACGCGGAUCGCAGGGGGCGGACGCGUGGCGGCCACGGCGCAGCCGCCUCGGGUCGUCGUGGACGUGCGCGAGUUCCGAUCGUCGCUGCCUAGCCUCCUCCACGGACGGUCGGUCGUCAUUGUGCCAUGCAUGCUGACCGUGGGUGACUACAUCCUGUCGCCCAACAUUUGCGUGGAGCGCAAGUCCAUCAGCGACCUGGUGUCCUCGUUCAAGGACGGCAGGUUGUUCACGCAGGCCGAGACCAUGUUUCAGCACUACAGGAGCCCCAUGCUUCUGAUUGAGUUUGACCAGAACAAGUCGUUCACGCUGGAACCGUUUGCGGAUCUCUCGGGGAGCCUGAGCAGCGUGGCGCCGACCAACGUGUCGUCGGAUCUGCAGUCCAAGCUGGUGCUCCUGACGCUGGCGUUCCCCAAGCUGCGCAUCGUUUGGUCGUCGUCGCCGUACCAGACGGCCGAGAUAUUCGAAUCGCUCAAGGCGCAGGAGGACGAGCCGGACCCCGUGGCGGCUGUUCGGGCCGGUCUCGACAAGGACACCAAGGCCGAGGACCAGGCGUUCAACCAGGAGCCGCGGGACAUGCUCGCCCGAGUGCCUGGCGUCACGCCCAAGAACAUGAGCAUCCUGACCAUGCAGACGGAGAGUAUCAGGGAGGUGGCCAACAUGUCGGAAGGCGAGUUGGAGCCCCUGGUUGGCAAAGCGGCCGCGAGGGCCAUGUACACCUUUUUCAGCCGCAACGUCAUGGAAGAUGAGUGA